UGAGCUGAUCCCAGAUCUGUCCAUAAAACACACGUGAAGAGGAAGAGUUCCGCAUGGAUAUCUGUGACUUAUCCAACAUCUGAUCUCUCCAAUCCACACACACACACACUUCACAGUUCCUCCGGUCGGUCUCAUCCUCUAACACCUGUUGUCUCGCACUCGCACCCUGAUGCGUUCCGUGCGCACAUAUUGAACUCAAGAGCCACACUAUUACUGCUUUAUCGUAUUGGUAUGCAUUAUAAGAAGAAUGCGUGUCGUUUUAACAGUGUGAACGACUGACGGAAGCUGGGCUGGAGGAACGGCUACUGAACUUAUUGGACUGUUAUGAAGAGAGAGAGAGAGAGAGAGUCAUUUAGUGGAAGACACGCUCGAGUAAAGAGCUAUUUUUAACACGAAUUGAAGUGAACGAUUUUUUACAACAAACGGAGGACACGGUUUUGCGCACGUAAGGCGUUUAUUUGGGUUUUAUUUAGCUUGUUUAAUUUUUUUUUAUUCUUAUAUCACAUUUUUAAUAUUGAACUUGUAAAAAAAUAUAUAUUUUCUGUUACAUUCCGUUUAUUCUGUGCUAUUAAAUAAAUAAGAAACAACGCCUACAGACUCAGCAUGUGGAAUAAUGCAUCCGCCAAAACUUUACUCAAGCUUAUAAUAUUAUAGAGCAGGCUAUAUUUGUGUUGUGAUUGCACACGGCUGCAGCUGGAUAUGGCGAACACUCUGGAGCGAGAGAUUCUGGAGCGGGAGCUCCGUCCACGGCUGUGUUAUGUGACUAAAGGAGAUCGCGGGUACGGGUUUCAUCUGCACGGCGAAUGCAACCGAGGAGCGCAAUACAUCCGCAGGAUCGAGCCGGGCUCCCCCGCGGACCUGUCCGGUCUCAGGUCCGGCGACCGGGUGGUGGAGGUGAACGGAGAGAACGUGGAGGGAGAGACGCAUCAGCAGGUUGUGCAGAGGAUCCUGGAGGUGGAGCACCGCACCAGGCUGCUGGUGGUGGACCGGGUCACCGAAGAGUUCCUGAAGUUUCACGAUCUGCCAUGUACGGAGGAUAGGGCGAUUGAGAUGGGCUCUCUGUCCUCUCGCUCCUCAGCGGCGUCCUCUCCCCGCGCCUCCCCGCGAGACUCCGCCACUCCUCCCUACAGCAGACAGAGCUCAGAGGGCAUUUUCAUUAAUAAGAGUCCCAGCAGCGCCGGAGGAGUAAUGAAUGGCUCUCCACUCUACAGAGCUCAUGCCCGUCUGGCGUCACCCGUGUUUCUGCCUCUGUCGUCACCCGGUGAACACAAGACUGAACCGGAGCCUGAGCCCUUCACCAAACUCACUGUGGAGUCCAGCGUCACACCCGAGCCUGAACCGGUGCCUGACCUCAGCACUGACCUCAGCGUAUCAGAGACCAGCACACAGGAGGAGACGCUUUCGGAGGUGGAUGUGGUAACGAAGGACCUGCGUCCGCGCUUGUGUCACAUGACCAUAGGCGAGCAGGGCUACGGCUUCAACCUGCACUGCAGAAAGUCCCGCGUGGGUCAGUUCGUCCGCUCGGUGGACCCCGACUCUCCGGCGGAGGACGCGGGACUGAGGCCGAGAGACCGGCUCAUCGAGGUGAUCGGACGGGAUUACACGAGACUCGAUUAGCCCAGAUUAGCAGCACUGGAUUAGAUUAAAUUAGACUUCUGGAGAGAGGCAGAUUACGUAAAUGAAGAGAAACGCCUGGUUCAUCCACUCCUUGAUGGGAGGAUCCUGUUUUAGAGCAGAGAGUUUGCUUGCUUGUGUGAUGCCGUGAUCGUCAGAGACAGCAAAUCCGUCCUAAUGGAUUUAAGUUGCAUCCGUUUUCUGUAAUUAUCACAGACAGAUCAGUAAUUAUGACUGACAAACAGUGUUCAAUUCACUGUCUCUGAAUGCAUUUGAAUAUCAUUAGCAAAACACUUGUUUAUAGUCAAGUAUUAAAUUCAGGAAUUAAUAUAGUUAAAGAGAUAGUUCACCCAAAAAUGAAAAUUGAAAAUCCUGUAAUUAAUUACUCACCCUCAUCUCAUC